CAUUUAGACAAGGUACAACCAGUUUUUCUCUCACUAAAUAUGAACUGCUUCACGCAACAAAGAUUCUGAAGACAUGUGCUCUCCAUCCUGAAUCUCAGAAACCCGAGGACAUGUCACCCCCAGGUCAACCCAACACAUCUCCAACAGUUGUUAAUCCAAUUCAACUGAUAACAGCAACUGUCGGGCACAGACUCCAUUUCCCAAUCCAUCCUGACACAUUUUAUGAUCAGGAAGAUGGCAGCUCAACUCAUUUGACACUUGCAAUAAAAUCAGUAGAUGAAUAUCCUUCAGGCUCAGAAAGCUGGCUGCAAUUUAAUUUGACUCAUCAAAUACUAUAUGGUUAUCCCCUAGAACUGGAUUUUCAGUAUUCCCCUCAGGAAUUUAUUCUUCAUGCCACAGAUUCUGGGGGCCUGGCUGCUCAGAUGCUUUUCACCAUUGAACUGAAGCUGCCCAGAAGUACACCCUGCCACACUUACACUCUGCGCACUAAAAACAGUUUCUACUCAUUUAUCAAGAAGAGAGAGAGGAUUAGUUUGUUUUUUGCUAAACUCACUGACUAUCUAAACUCCAGUAGCCCUGAACAAAUUGUAUUAACCACCCUGAGACCAGGGUCUACUAUUAUAUCCUGGUAUAACAGAACCUUAUGUGAAGUCAACGGCAGUUCUCUGAAAAGGUGUCCUAACAGAAAAAUUCAGGAAGUGAUGUUUAAACUAAGAAGGCCUGAUGGGAAUGUCCAUCCAGAUUUUGCAUAUGCUAUGUCACCGGAAUACAAAAUUGGCACAAUUGAGAACAUCACAUAUGGUGGAAUCUGCCUUAUUCUAGAGCCAGAUAAUGGGUCAGUAAUUGAAAACAGCAUUCUUGCCUCAUCUAACAUAGAAAAUACCCACUGGAUUAGAAAUCUUAUUUUGGCUUUGUUGGUAAGUAUGUGUAUACUGAUUGUGGCAAUAGUGGCAAGUGUAGCUUACCAUUUCUAUAGGAACUAUAAGACUUUUCUUAUUCCUCAGUCCCUGGUGUUUCAAGGGAGAACCUUAAUAAGUAAUUCAGACCAAGAAAUGUAUGUGCUAAGGCCGAGAAAGCCCCCUAUCCUGGAGUGUGAAGUUCCACCCUCAGCUGGAUUAUGGAGAGGGACACCGUUGUCUUCUCAACAUCAACCUUACAGAGAAAACGUGACCUCUGCCACAGACACAAGAGUAGUCAAUCUUCCAGCCUUCAAAACGUCAACUCCCAUUCCAUGAUGAAAUGGAUCUCACUAGCCAGAGGAGAAGUGAGUAAUACUGUCAGAAAUCCAAAUGUAUCAACAACUGUAUGAGAAACAGGGAUAACUGAUCUAGAAAGCAGAAGCCUGAUGGUCAAUUAUAAGUUUAUGUCACCCAGACCACCGCUACCAUAAACAAAUCAUGUAAUGAAUCAUCCAUUAUGGAAAGAAAUUGCAUCACUGGCAACAGCAUAUCCAAAUGUGAAAAAUGCUGUAAACUGCCGGCCCAAGAUACU